AUGACACGGAAGUCAAGCCCCGCUGAGGUUUCGGAGGAGGAGCUGGCGAAGGCUCGGGCGGAGAUCGAAGCGGUGGAGAAUCGCCUAAGGCCAACUGCAAGGAGUUCCAAAUCCGAGCCCGAGAGUGCUGAGGAGGAGCUCGCGAAGACCCGCGCGGAGAUCGAGAAGACGGAGGAGGACCUCAGGCGCUGCGAGAAGGAGGGGGCGCAGCACUCGCCGCAGAAGCCGCAGAAGGCUGGGAUCAGCCGAGAGGCCCGCAUCGGGGUCCUUCAUCCGGGAAGCCCCGUGCCCUGUGGGACGCCGAUCACGCCAGCGCCAGGCUACAAUUUGGCGGCGGCCAUCGCAAAUGCCACCAACUCAGGCAAGGCAGAGCCUGACACGCGGCCAGUGCCGCCUCCGCCGCCGCUCGAUCAGAUGGGAGUCUUCGUGCGCGGCGCCCCACUGUCGUCGCUGGAGCUGCCGGUGCCGCCGCCGCCGCCGCUGGCGCUGCCCCCCCUCGACCCGCGGAUCCAAGGCCCGCGUGCUGUGCCGGAGUCGCCCAUGGGAGGUGCUCGCGGCCGCACACCCUGCCGAGGCGCCAGCCGUACGCCCUACAGAGGUCCUCAGCCGGAGUCACCCUAUCGAGGCGCUCGCAGCCGUACGCCCUACCGAGGUCACGUGCCGGACUCACCUGCAGGUGCUCGCAGCCGCACGCCUGGCCGAGGCUACCGGAGCCCGACGAGGGGCCGCAGCGUGGGGCGGAGCGGGACUCCCGCGCGAGGCUCCUGCGAGUCCCCGGCCCGUGCCCCGCCCCAGGCGCCGCCCAAGAUCCCAGUGCCUCCGCUGUGGGAGAAGGUGAUGGUGGUACUGGUCCAGGCUAUGCGCCUAGAUCAAGAGACCAUCGACCUUCUGCAGACCAUACCACUGGAGAAGGCGGCAGAGCUCUGUGUUGCAGCCCACGGGGAUCGGAACCCAUCCGAACACAUUCGCCACGCAAUGAGCCAGGUGAUGCUGGCUGCGGCAGAGAUGGACACGGAUCCCGUGAAAGACGUCUACCAGGCCUUGGACUCCAAGGCCCAGCAGAUGCUAAGCCAACUGCCCAGCGACGAGGCGCAGAGGGCCUUGCAGAAGGCGAGCCGCGCCCAGUGCGCCUCCGCCUUUGUCGUGGGCUACGCUCGCCGCUACUGGAAGGAGCAGAACGGCGAGGAAUGGAAGAGGUGGUAG